AUGGUUUCGAUAGCUGCAUCCUGGCAGGGUGGCAAAGGCGCACGGGAACAACAGAAGAAGCUUGGCACGUCGACCAGCGGAUCGCGACCGGACCACUACUGCCCUGGCGCCGGCAUGAUGGGCGAGACGCUGCGAGACACCGCUGCGUUCGAGUAUUGCGCUCUGCCGGCCGAGUGCUGCCAGCCGAUACCGAAUGCCGUGUUGUUCGCCCACGCGGCCUGCCUGCCGACUGCCUACGGGACGACGCUCCUGAUGACGAUGACCCACGUACGCAUCUCUACCGGCGAGAAGGCGCUGAUCGGAAUAUUGACGGCGGGAAAGAGGAUGCGGAAGAAUAUCAACAUCACUCACCAUGACGCCUGCGCCCGCGUCCACGGUGGCCCUCUCCUUUGGAGGUGGGUGAUGGUCUCCAGGGCAGCCUCCUUGCGCCCGCGCCACUUCGGCGACGCGCGCGAACACAUUUUGGAGAACGUCGACCCGACGAUCCGAGCCUGCGCUCGACCAUCGGCACCGUCACCGGGAUUUAUUACUACAUGCGCCUGCCAUCCCGUUGACGAGGUGGCGAGACUCGACAAGAAGUACAAGCAUGACAUUGACGCGGUGGUCGGCCCCGGCAUGGUGGCCGGCCUCGUCGAUUCGCUCAAGACUACGCUCGGAAUGGCCGACAACAUUGCGGUGGUAGAGUUCAUAGACUGUGUCAAAGGUAAACAUGAGCCGCGCCGCAUCAUCGUGCCGGCCAGCCGCACGGGUAUUCAACCUCAGCAACUCCCAAACGCCGACAGGCCCGUGAAGCCGCAUCACGCGAGUGUCGCACCCUCAUUUACGAACCCCUCGACCCUCAUACCGCCAAUGACCCCGACUUUACGCCUGACAGCCGCGGUCGGCUAUCCGGUCCCCGCCGUUUAUCCGGCCGUGUCCGGCUUCAUCGUUAGGAUCGGCCCGAUCUGGAUGUCGAUAUCCGAGUUCCGCUUCUCGGCUACGAGCGUUCGUGGCGUCUUUGCAAAGCCGUCUGCGGACGACCAAGACCGCAGGGUCGUUCACCGACAGGAGCGCGAGAUAGUGGCUCAUGCCCGCCGGCCCGACAACGCUGACCCUGACCCCGAUAAUAUGCGAGCGCAUGCUGCGCCCGGUCGACUACUACGCCCAGCACAAUUUCGUCCAGUGCGGCUCCGAAGCCGACUUCACAGCCUGACCCACCGGUGCGGCUGGACCGUCCGCAAGACGGUUGCGAUGCCGGGCAUCAUACUAGCGCUAACGACCGCGACCUUCGUAAUCAUCAGUCUUCUCUACUACGAUAUACCGAAGGGCUUCUGUUCGACGGAGGAUAACUGCCUUAUUACCUCGAUGGCUAUCGGACCGGACGACGCCUCUUUUAAUGCCAUCUUGGCCCUCCCGAUCGCGCUCUGA